UCGAUCGGACGUUAAAUCUCACACUAGCAGCGAACCAGCUCGCUGCUCAUCUCAUUUUCUCUCUCUCUAUACAUAUAUAUGUUAAUAAUUAUAUAUUUACAUCAACAUAAUUAAUAUCAUUAUUAUUACCGUUGUUUUAAUUGUUGCUGGUGUUGGAUGUGGUGGUGGUGGUGGCGGUAGUUGUUGCCGCCGCCGCCGCCGCCUUUACUGAGGUCGGGGGGGAAGCUGAUUAAAAGUGUGAGGAGGGAUUUAAUUAGGAAUUUAAUUAAGCAUCCAGCUUGCAAAAGGGGCAAAAGGAUCAGCUAAACUCUACCCUACUCUAACCCCUAUUUCUUACCGCCGUUUUCUUGGAACUUUCGAAGGGAAGGAUACCUUAGCAAGCUUGAUAUAGCUUACUUGGGAUAUCUUUUGGAGGAAUUGAGACACCCUGGACCUCACGCUGCUCCUAAAUUUGCUCCCUAUACUAACCCCUAUAUUGAGCUCUUUUCUGUCCCCGAUUUCCUACGAUUCGGCCCCAGCAUCGACCAGUGUUACGAUUUUUACUUCGCUACCCAGGACGCCGAUCGCAGCUCCACAACUUCUGCAGCUAUCACAGACUUUUAAUUACGAAAUGAUGGUCGGAUCGCUAACUGCAAGCAUGGAACCAUCCAAGCUGAUGUUUCUGUCGCAUCUGUUGGCAAGUUUCUUGUCGAUUUACCUGUGUGAAGGCUUUACCAUCACCGCUAGUCUCACCGAGGAAAUGACCACACGUCAGAACCACGUCCACAAUCGUGGUCACAUCCACGGGCACCUGAAACUUCACAGGAGCACCAACUUCCUCACCUGUUACCAAUCUGACAACCACAGCACGUCUCUCUACGAUUACAAAUCGUACGACAUCCACGGGGCCGAGGAAAUACCUCUGUCAGUUUACAGGGAUAAGGUACUGCUUAUCGUGAAUGUAGCCAGUUUCUGAGGGGCAACUCCCCAAUAUUUAGGAAUGAAUGCACUAGAAAAAGAAUUUAAAGAUUUUCAUAUUUUAGGAUUUCCAUGUAACCAAUUCUGGUUGGUGAGUAGACCACACACUUUUUUUCAUUUUUUCAUUUCAUGCAUUGGUUGCUUUUGCUUUCAUGGUUAUUAUUAUUAUUAUUAUUAUUAUUCUGGCGAAAAUUUUGCGAAAAUGUUACAGGUGUUCAAAUUUUCUGAUUUUUUUCUUCUUUUAUUUCUUUUUCAGUCUUAUUGCCCCAGCCCUAAACAGGACUUCGCUUCCGUCGAACGGCUCCACUACAAACCAAUGAGUGCCAAUGACAUCCGAUGGAAUUUCGAGAAGUUCUUAAUCAACCGUAAAGGAAAACCAGUCAUGCGUUUCGCAACAGCUGUGCUCCCUAAUGAAAUUCGGCCAUACAUCGUUCAUCUUCUAGAAGAGAAAGAAGAAUUUUAAUCGUAUAGAAUGAUGUCUGUAUUUGCGUGUGUGAAUGAGUGAACACGCGUGUGUAUGUGAGGGUGAAUAUGUGUGAGUGUGUGUAAGUGGAAUGGAGAGAGGAAGUGGAUGCUUGUUAAGAUUUAUUUUUCCUUUCACGAAUCUGAUUAGUGAUGGAAAUCCUUGAGAAUUAACAGAUCCUUUUGAUAUAUAGAAAUCCGUCUUGGAUUUCUAUAUAAAACGAACUAGUUAGAUUUGGAAGGGUUGUAUGUAUGUAUAUAUAUAUAUAUACAUGUAUAUGUAUGUGUGUAUGUAUGCAUACAUACAUAUAUAAAUAUAUAGAUUAAAUAUACAUGCAUACAUAUAUAUACAUACAUAUAUAAUAUAUAAUAUAUAUAUAUUUAUUAUAUGCAUAUAAACUAAUAUACAUACAUACAUAUAUGUACGUAGACAGAUUUUAGUAGUUAUUUUUGUUUUUAUAAUUGGUUGCAUGGACCAAAAUAGUGGGUUGGUAGAUUGUUAAAGAGAACAGGAACAUUCUCACGAUGGGACAGUUGAGGUUGCAGGAAAAAAAAGGUCAGAUAAGAUGACAAAGGAUAUAGGAGGUCGGUGUCGGGGGAGGGCAGAAUGUAACUAGAAAUCAAGUUAAUUAAUGGUUACACCACCAGCAACCACACAACCACUACUGCUAACACCACCAAGCAUAUGAGCCAAUGAGCUGAUGAAGGAGUCUUUAUGUGGUCGCCUAGUGUGCUAGAAAUAGCAGUUAAAAUCCAGUCAAAUUUUCUUAAAUCAUGCUCUAGUGAAAAUAGGCAUCACUGACAAUAGAAUAUUGAAACCAGUGUAAGCAGAAUGCAUUGGAUAGAUGUAGCACUAGAAGCCCCUAAAAGAUAGGAUGGUCAUGGGUGGAAUGAUUGCUCACAGGUUGCUCAAUCAGGCAUGACCUGAAGCCUUAGAGGAUAACAUAUAAAAUGACAUAUUUUGUGUAUGUGUAUGUAUUCAAGUAUGCAUAUGUGUAUGUAUGUGUGUAUGUGUAAACAAAGAUGUGUGUGAGCAUGUUUGUGCCUUCUUAUAUAUACAUAUUCACACUAACUCAUACACACAUUUAUACAUAUAUAUGCAUACAUGCUUAUAUAUAUAUAUAUGUGUGUGUGUGUAUGUGUAUUUAUAUAUAAACAUACAUAUAUAUACACACAUAUACAUAUGUAUACAUAUAUAUAUAUUCCAAGGAUUUUCAUAUGUAUGUAUGUAUUCAUAUAUAUAUAUAUAUAUAUAUAUAUAUAUAUAUAUAUAUAUAUAUAUAUAUAUAUAUAUAUAUAUAUAUAUAUAUAUUCCAAGGAUUUUCAUCUCUAAUGAGACUCUGUAUUUUCCCCUCUCAUGCUUUUGCGAGCUAGAAUCUAGCAAUUCAGCAAUUACUCACUGCUGUUAAUUAAUUCAAACGCAAAAUUUCCUCACCCUUUUUUUUUCCGCUUCUUUGAUAAACAAAACAAUAAAUGAAAUACAAAAUAAAUUUUCCCCUUUAAACCUCAAAAUAUACCAUGAAACACAUUCAUAGUGAUCAAAAAAAUCAUCAAGUAGUUUUAUAACCAUUAUUAGUAUUAGUGGUAGUAUUAUUACAAAACUAUUAUCAUUGAUAUGAUUAUUUCCUAUAAGGCAACGAGGUGAUAGAAUCAUUAAAGCUUCAGACAAAAUGCUUAGUAGAACUUCUUGCCGUUUUCUGCAUUCUGAGCUCAAAUCCAGCUGAACUUAACUUCGUAUUUCAUCCUUUUGGGGUCAAUAAAAUAAGUAUCGGUCAAGUGCUGGGGUUAAUGUAAUCAAUUUGUCCAUCCCGUCAAUAUUGCUGGUCUUGUGUCAAAUUAUAAAAGUAAUUAAUAUUUUUAGUAUCUAUAUAAUUUUUAAUUUUCCCUGAUAUGAAAAGUAUUAAUGCAUACUUUAAAAGAAAUUUGAUCUGUGCUAUAUUUAUAAAAAGAAUAACAGUUUCAAAGUUUGGCUCAAGGCCAGCAGUUUUGUGAUGGAGGGGAAAAGUCAGUUACGUUGGACCUCAGUACAUGACUGGUACUUACUUUAUUGACCCUGAAAGAAUGAAAGGCAGAGUUGAUCUUGUGGGGAACCUGAGUUCAGAACAGAGAUGGACAAAAUACUGCUAAGCGUUCAGUGAACUAAUGAUUUCGGCAGCUCACUGCCUUCUUAAUAAUAAUAAUAAUAAUAAUAAUAAUAAUAAUAAUAAUAAUAAUUGUUAUUGUUUAUAAAUAUGUCCAAAGACAGCUGGAAGCUCACCGGUGUCUCACAGUGCCAAGGUCACUUUUCACCUUCAUGACAGAGCCAGCCGAAACCAGCAAGAAUCUGGUGGCCCCUCUUGAUACGAUGCAUUGAUUUGGUCAGAGUUGUGCAUUCCUCUGCCAAGUAGAUCAUCAUGUGUUCUAAUCCUAGCACUGGAGACACUAGUCUGUUUUGGCUUAAGAAAACCAUAAAAAACAAUACAAUACAAUAUAAAUGGUGAAUAAAUUAUUAUUAUUCUCAUCAAUCAA